GCGUUCCGCUUGCCACAGGACUGGAGUUCCGAGCUUUGACUCUGCAGGCACUCCCACCCCACAAACAGGAGCACUGCAAUUCGCACUCUGUGCUGCUGGAGCUAUGCCUCUAUUGUAGAGCACUCGGGAUAAAGAAAACGCAUCUGUACGGGUAAGAAACACUUGCCACUGCAGGAUCCCCAGGCACAAUGGGAAAUGGCUUAGUGAAAUCCAAGCAACCAAGAGAGAUGGAGAGCGACGUAGUGAAUGUUUCUUUCAACAGGAACAACUCAGAGCUUUGGAGAGACUCUGGGACCAGUGCAAAUGUUAAAGCCACAGCAGAAAUCCUGCAAAACAGAUUACUGGAACUUGAACUGGAGAAUAAAAGCAAAGAUGACCGAUUGCAUGAGAAGGACUGCAGGAUACAAGAGCUGGAAAGCCAGGUUAUAAGGCAGACCCGGACGAUUGCUGAAAUCACGAUGGACUUACAAGCCAAAUGCAUUCAGCUGAACAAACUACAAGAUGUAGUUAAAACUCAGUGUGGAGCCCCUCUUCAGUUGUCACCAUCACCGCUUAGAUCUGCUAACAGAAUUAUGAAUCAGUGCGCUGGUUUGUUCAAAGAAAUUGAGAACAGAAGGCGAGGUGCUAAGGAGGGUGUUUCUGCAGAACCUAGUACUAGGACGUAUGAUUCCAACAAACUGCCAGAGUUCUCUUUGGAAAGAACCAGGGUUCGAAAAGAUUCAGGAGUGAAGAAGCUUAUAACAGAGGCCCUCAACAAGAAUCAGUUUCUGAAGCGACUGGAGACGCAGCAUGUCAGAGACAUGGUGGAGUGUAUGUAUGAGAAAAACUAUCAACACGGUGACUAUAUUAUUAAGCAAGGGGAACCAGGCAACCAUCUUUUUGUGUUGGCAGAGGGCAAACUGGAGGUCCUCCAAAAUAGCAAAAUUCUCACAUCUAUCAGUAUAUGGACAGCAUUUGGUGAACUUGCUAUUUUAUAUAACUGCACAAGGACAGCUUCUGUGAAAGCUGUAAGCAGUGUCAAAACCUGGGUACUAGACCAAGACGUUUUCCGCAAUAUUAUGAGAGGAACGACUCAGGCCAGGCAAGAGCAGUACAGAAACUUCCUCAGAAGUGUUUCUCUGCUUAAGAACCUACCAGAAGAUAAACUCAUGAAGAUAGUGGACUGCUUGGAAGUAGAAUACUAUGAUAAAGGAGACUACAUUAUCCGGGAAGGUGAGGAAGGGAGCACCUUCUUCAUCUUGGCAAAAGGAAAGGUGAAAGUCACUCAGAGCACUGAGUAUCAUAUAGAGCCACAGCUGAUCAAAGUCCUCCAGAGAGGGGAUUACUUUGGAGAAAAAGCUCUGAUCAGUGAUGAUGUUAGGUCAGCUAAUAUAAUUGCUGAUGAAAACAAUGUGGAAUGCCUUGUGAUAGACAGAGAAACGUUCAAUCAAACGGUCGGUACAUUUGAUGAACUCCAGAACUACCUUCAGGGUUAUGUCGCAGAGUUGGCUAGAGAUGAUGAGAAAAGACAUGCCAAAAUAUCCACAUCUGUACAAGGAGGAGAAAUCUCGUUGGAGAUGAUUCGGAUGAAGGAAAAGGUUGCCACAUUUUCUCCAACAUCCCCAUUCAGAAACCUUGAGAUCAUCACCACUUUGGGGAUAGGUGGAUUUGGGCGAGUUGAACUGGUCAAAAUGAAGAAUGAAAAUGUGACCUUUGCUGUGAAGUGCAUAAAGAAAAAACAUAUUGUUGACACAAGACAGCAGGAGCACAUAUAUUCAGAGAAGAAGAUUCUAGAAGAGGCAUGCUCGCCAUUUAUUGUGACACUAUUUCGCAGUUUUAAAGACAACAAGUAUGUUUACAUGCUGUUGGAGGCUUGCCUUGGAGGAGAGAUCUGGAGCACCCUCAGGGAUAGAGGUUGUUUUGAUGAGUGCACUGCAAAGUUUUGUAUUUCUUGUGUGACUGAAGCAUUUGAUUACCUGCAUCACAUUGGAGUUAUCUACAGGGACCUAAAACCAGAGAAUUUGAUGCUUGAUACUGAAGGAUACGUAAAGUUGGUUGAUUUUGGAUUUGCUAAGAAGAUUGGUAAAGGUCAGAAAACGUGGACAUUUUGUGGCACUCCUGAAUAUGUAGCCCCUGAGAUCAUUCUGAAUAAGGGCCAUGAUUUUGGUGUAGAUUUCUGGUCACUGGGAAUUCUUGUCUUUGAGCUUCUUACUGGAAGCCCACCAUUUUCUGGCUAUGACCAGAUGAUGAUCUAUAACUUGAUUCUUAAAGGUGUAGAAAAACUGGAUUUUCCUAAGAAAAUAACAAAGCGUCCCGAAGAUGUCAUUCGUAGGCUGUGCAAACAAAACCCAACUGAACGCCUAGGAAAUCUGAAAAAUGGAAUAAAUGAUAUAAAGAAGCACAGAUGGUUCAGUGGUUUUAACUGGGAAGGAUUGAAAGCUAGGACACUGUCAUCACCGUUAAAAAGAGAGCUUACAGGUCCUACAGAUUGUAGAUACUUUGAUACCUAUCCUCCUGAUAAGGAUAUUCCCCCAGAUGAAUUUUCAGGCUGGGACAAGGAUUUUUAGAUCAAUGACAAGUCCCUACUGUAUGGGGAUAAGAAAACUGCAGCUGUUACUGUUAUUCAAUGUUCAUAACGCAAUCUGGUCAAUUUCCUGUUAUAUGUAUAUUCUGACAUGUGGCAUUGUUAUCAAUCGACUUGCAUGAGCAUCUCUGAAAAAAGUGCAUACUAACUAUUAUAAAAAAGAAAGGAAACAACUUCAAAAAGUUCCAAAAAAAAAUCAAUUAAAAAAUUGUUUUGGCAUUAUCUUUUCCAUUUUCCUUUUAAAACAUUUUCCACUUAAAUAGCUGCUGAAGCCCUUUAAGUCAGCCUGUGCCUUGUGGAAGCAUGUCUUCAGUCUGUGCUAAAAUAGUUGCACCAUGUGGCCAGGCCGCUCAUAUGGAAAUGCCAAAUAGCCAGAGUAAACAGCUGUACAGGUACAGUCAGUAGUAACACUUGCAUUGCAAUGUUUCUCCUCAAUUUACACAUGCCUGAAUUUUGAAGUUACCAUGUCUUUGGUCAGGCAGCCGCUUUGUCUUUGUAUGAAGACCUAUCAGGCUUUCUAAACAUAUUUAUGCUGAUUUCACCUCCAGAGUACAUUUAUGGUGAGUUGGGUAUAAUCAUCUUCUUUCCUGUCUUGGCUGUUGACAUAAUUUCCUAAUACCUUGCACUUAUCCUACAAUUAUUUAUUUUUAAGCUUCUGCUAAAUUAUACAACCUGACCAACUGUAUUUUCACAAAGCGCUUCUACUUCUGGCUAAACAUUUGUAACAUUUCUCUUUCUAUCAAAAGGCUUCUAAUAUUGCUCCAUACAUUUCUAAAAUGAUCUAAAGCUUUCUUCUCUAAUUACCUUCCUUUAUAAGAAUUAAAGCACUUCUUCAGGAAGCCUGAUUAAUUAAUCAAUAUUCAUAAAUACAGGAAUUUCAAUUAAAAUUUGCAAAAAAACCCCACAAAUUCUUAGUUGCCCAAUUUAUUCAAAGGACUUAAAUGCAACCCCAAAAGGCAAGAAUUCUGUGUUUUCAAACCAAAUUCUGUACUAUCUCUUAACAGUGUUCAACUAGCAUGGACAGAUGAAUAAUUAAUUACCCUUAAGUCUGCUCAGCCAUAACUUCAGUGGGAGUUCAAGGGAACUCAUCAGAAAAAGGCUCUGGUUAUGCCAGUUUCAUACCAAUUCCAGAAGUUCCCUGUCAGCCUUGUAGCUGGGUAGAACCUUUGGCCACCCAUUACAAGGCCAAUAACUUCAAAGGAUUUUGGACUGGAGCAAGCAUUCCCUAUGAUGGGAUAUUCCCUUUGAGGUCAGUACACUAAGAGAUGAUACUGGCCUUCUGAUGAACUGAGGAGUGCUGUAUCUGGUGGGGGCGGUGGCACCAGAUGGAAAAAAAUCAGUAAAACUUGGGAAACAAUUGGUACUGGUCCUUAAAAUGAAAUUCCAGUUUAGACCAGUACCAGUCAUAUCCAAGUGUUACUGGUUUUUCCUUAGGAUCCAGUCCAGGUGGGUUGAACUGCCUGGACACUGAAUGAAAGGAAAAUCAUAUUUUGAAGCUUUGUGUCUCCCCCCUUUACACGAGGGAGAGAUAACUGAAAUCUCAUGGCGUGGAGCACUAGUACAUUCCCAGCCCCUCUCUGCCUCUCUGGUGGACAGAUACCACAUUUGCUGACUGCAUGGGGGCUGGUGGCUGCUGAAGAAGUGCCUGUAAAGGUGCAGGCAUCUGUUGGCCCUAGCAAAAUGAGGUGUCUUUUCUCUGAUGUCACAAACUCAGUGACAUCAGCAAUGGAAGAAUCACUGGAAUUGUGGUGUGUGGAUUUUCAGAGCAUGUGCAACAAACAUGAGCAGCAGUGACUGUGAAUGGAUUAUUGUAUUGACAUGGGAAUUAAAGCCUUCGGCAGAUGCUAAUAUAGACAUAUUGAUCUGGCUGUGGAGGCAUUUAGUUUGUGUUUUAACCUAGGCAGUGUACCACUUUGGCCAAUGCUGGAGGACAUAGCAUAUGACCACAGUUCAGGUGUGCUGAAUAUAAAAAUAUUUCAUUUGUACCUUAGCCAGAAGUAUGUUAAUAUACAUUUUGUUUGCUUUCCCACUUUAGUUACUCUCCAUAGAGUUGUUUAAAGAGCAGAGGAUUAGUAGCUGUUUUUAGAAUGACCUAAACAGCUUUGUUUCUUUUAUAUUGGUUGCCCCAUUAAGCACAAUCUAGUGUGAUAUGGCUCUUCACCCAGAGUCAAUAUGCGAGGUUUAAAGAAGCUAAAAAAUAAACGACAAAAAUCUCAUUAAUCCAUAGACUGUUUGACACUCUAAUGCCUGACAAUUUGAAACUACUCCUUUAGGCAGACUGGAGACUUUGGGCUGGAUUUUCAUCUUCAAGGUGGGUGACAGGAGUCAGGAAAUUCCCUGGCUCGGCACACCAGAAUUGGGAUAAAGUGCAUGAAAAGUCAGAAAUUACAUUUUGGAGGGGCAGGUGCUAACUAGAGUCGGGCCCAACAUCCCUGUAAGGAGUUCGGAGGUAGCCACAGUACUUGCAGUUUCUGCUAUUGCUACUGUAAAGGGCCCUGAUGAUUGACUUUUAUAGGGCUGUAGUAAAAGACAUUUUUAUGAAUGAAUGAGUUUUUUUUAAAGCUUUUUCAUACAUGCUAUUAUUACUAUAGGGUUCAAUGCUUCUGUACAGAAUGUAUACUGGGUGAAUGGGCAUGAAGUGCCAUAGGUUGGCAUGGAGAGUAUGACGGGCCAUGGGGGGUGGGUGGAGGGACAUAAGUUGGCAAAGGGCCAAGAGCAAGACAUUUUGAACUUACUUUUCAUAAGGUUCCUUCAUCCAGACUAUUGUUCACGACACUUGUGAGGGGGCAUGAACCAUGAGUCCUUGAAAAACUGUCCGACUCCACAAAAACUGCAGGAGGCUAGGAGAUGCCUAUCCCUGGCCAGGACUGGAGUGCAGGGUGCAGGUUCAGGACUUCUUGGACCAGUCCGCAACUUUAUCCAGCGCUGGUGAAAAUUAGGCAUUGGGAAUGGGGCUGGGAAACUGGAAUCAGGUCCUGGCCAGUAUUUUUAAAGGUCCGCGUGGAUCAAAAAUCCAGUCCUUUGUUCUAGCAAGAGAUCUGGCAUGAGGAGUAGAGAUCUUAUUAAGGGGAAAUAACAAACUGGCACACGACAGAGAUUCUGGAGUUUUAUUUGAUAUAAGAUUAGGAAACAAUGGGUAAAUGGUUUCAUCUUUGAGUGUGCAUGUCAGGCAUUCAAAAACAUAAUCCACCCUUUCCCCAAUUUUCAGGAGCACCAAAAAUUUGAAAUUAUUCUUUGUUGUGGCAUCAAUUACCUGAAAUAUUAUGAUACUUCAUGUGUACGUUUAACACUGUUGUUUCUAGUAACUCAUCGCACUUGGUGUUUGUGUGUGUGUUAUAUCUAGAUAUGGCCCAAAUAGAUGUCUUACCAUACCACUAGCAGUAUACAAAAGAAAUAACAGACUUUUAUUGUUUAUGAAUAUUGUUCACAAAAGGGAUUCACAGGCAUUAAGUUCUACUGUAUUUUGUAAACAUGACUUUUAUGGAAUGCCAUCAUUGGGAAGAAGGUUGUAUAUCAUGUAGUGUAUGUUACCAAUUGAUCCUCUGAAGUGGUAUAGACUUUUUCCCCACUGUUCAUUGAAUUCACAUGGACAGAGUUUUAAGAAUAAAAUAUAGUUAUGCACAUGAAUGUCAACAAAGAAUCAGAAUGAAAAUAGGAUGAAGACAAUAUGCUUUAUCUGCUAUUUUCAAAUGUUCAAAAUAGAAAUGCUUAAAAAACUUUUAUUUCAAAAAUAAAUUCUUAAUAAAGUACAAGUCUGUUAUGGUAAGUUCUUAGCUGGUGUUCCUAAAUCAUAAUAAAGUACAAAUUUAGUUAUUUCCUCUUGUCAGUGUUAAGGAAAAAUAUGCUUUGUAUUUGAAGUUUGGUUUAUAUAUUUUUAAUAAAAUUUAG